AUGAGGCCAUUAGAGCUCACCCUCGUACUUGCAGCCACCCGUGACAUGGGCAUUGGCCUGCGAGGGACUCUUCCCUGGACGGGUCUGAAAAAGGAGAUGGCCUACUUUGCAAGAAUCACGAAGAGGCUUCCGCCCGCAGUCGAACCCACAACUGUCAAUACAGUGAUCAUGGGACGCAAAACCUGGGAUAGCAUCCCGCCAAAGUUUCGCCCUCUCAAAGGACGUCUCAAUAUCGUCAUCAGCCGAUCCUUCAGCACACCGCCCGAGGAGCCAAGCAGUAUCGAGGCAGGUCCGGUCAAGGCCUCGUCGCUGGAGCAGGCAAUAUCAUACCUGCAUGGUAAAUCACCGGGCACGUUGGGACGGGUGUUCGUCAUAGGCGGCGGCCAGAUCUACACUUCAGCCUUGGAGUUGGGGGAGACGAGGAGGGUACUUUUGACGAAGGUCAUGACUGAUUUCGAAUGUGACACGCACUUCUCGCUAAAGCUGAGCGAUGAGGGGGAAAGCACUCCCGGGUGGACAAAGAGGCCAAAGGAGGACUUGGAUGCGUGGGCUGGGGAAGCAGUGCCAGAGGGUGUGCAAUCUGAAAACGACACACAGUACGAAUUUCAGAUGUGGGAGAGGACAGAUUAA